AUGUCCAGUCUGUCAAGCGGCGGUGCCGGGCCGAGCAGACCCUACAAGAGUAUCCGAUUCGAGAACGUCGCAGCCAGCAUCGAUGAAGUCAUCAAGGCCGAAAAGUUAAAGACGCAGCCAAUUCGUCCAGGACAGAGACCAGAGGCUCGGAGCAGCGUGGUGACUCUAGAGGAAGCACGACGAUCGCUGCAUGAAGACAUGCAAAAUCUCAAGGCAUCACCCCAUCCACAUCGAGCAAUAAGACCCCGAAUGCCCACAACUUCUGCCAUUCAUGAUUUUAUGGACGAGGUCGAAAACAUCAUCAAAAAUAAGACUCCAGCGAGCGAAUGCGACUAUCUCGACGACAUGUACGAUGCUGCCAUGAAGGACAUAAAGUGUUGGGACAAACAUGGAUACUAUACUACCAUCUACGGUAAAGGGCGAUCGAAAGAGGAUGGUGAGGACAAGGAGGAGAUGAAGGAACAGAAGCAGGCUGAUGGUGAGGUGGCCCCUGGAAUCGACGACGUCCAAUCGCUCGCAGAUGCUGUCUCCAGCAUCAAAGCACCCAGUAAUCACAACCUCGCAGAAGAACGAAAGAAGCACCUCGGGAUCCGGUCUAAAGGUCAUUAUAAGCAUCUAAAUGUUGAAGAGCUCAUCGGAGGUGACAGUGAGGAGGACGAGGAUAGUGAGGAGGGUGAGGAGGACGAAGACGUCGAGGAGAGUGAUGUCGAGGAGGAUGGCGACGGCGACAUUCAGAUGGCAGGCUGA